AUGGCAGUGGAUCUGGACGCUUGGAUAGAAAAGCUCAGGCGAUGCGAGUACCUUGCAGAAGACGAGCUCAAGGCUCUCUGUGAAUAUAUCAAAGAAAUCCUGGUGGAAGAGUCUAACGUGCAGCCCGUUAACAGCCCAGUCACGGUGUGCGGGGACAUCCACGGGCAGUUCCACGACCUGCUGAAGCUAUUUUCAACAGGUGGCGAGGUGCCGGCGACGAACUACAUCUUCAUGGGGGAUUUUGUGGAUAGGGGCUAUAAUUCGCUGGAGUCCUUCACGCUGCUCAUGCUGCUGAAGGCCAGGUAUCCUGCGCACAUGACGCUGCUGCGCGGCAACCAUGAGUCACGGCAGAUCACGCAGGCGCAGGUGUAUGGCUUCUAUGACGAGUGCCAGAGGAAAUAUGGCAACGCCAACGCAUGGCGAUACUGCACAGAGGUCUUUGACUUCCUAACGCUCUCGGCCUUGGUGGAUGGCCGAGUGCUGUGUGUACAUGGCGGCCUCUCUCCAGACCUGCGGACGCUAGAUCAAGUGCGGACGAUAGAGCGCGUGUGUGAGAUUCCGCACGAGGGCCCCUUCUGCGACCUAAUGUGGAGCGACCCAGAGGACAUCGAGACCUGGGCCGUCUCUCCGCGCGGCGCCGGCUGGCUCUUCGGCUCCAAGGUGACUGCGGAGUUCAACCACAUAAAUGGCCUGUCUCUGGUCUGCCGCGCGCACCAGCUUGUGCAGGAGGGCCUCAAGUACAUGUUCCAGGAGAGGUCCCUGGUCACCGUGUGGUCUGCACCCAACUACUGCUACCGCUGCGGCAACGUGGCAUCCAUCCUGUGCUUCGACGAGAACCUGGAACGAGAGGUAAAGUACUUCACAGAGACAGAGGAGAAUUCGACCACGAUGGCGCCGCGCAACGCAGUCCCCUAUUUCUUGUGA